AUACUUCUAAUUCACAAAUUUCAACAAUAGAUACUUCUAGUUUACAAACUUCAACAAUAGAUACUUCUAGUUUACAAACUUCAACAAUAGAUAUUUCUAGUUCGCAAACUUCAACAAUUACAUAUCCAAAAAACUUAAAUAAAAACAAAACCAAGUCUCAUCAAUUUUCUGAA